CUUUCAUCGCUGCCGUCUUCGCUAGAUAAUUGUGCGGCCGGAUAGUUGUUGGCUGUCUCGGUCGACGCCGUCAGUGUAACACGGUCAGGGUUGUGCCUAGGCUACAUAUGUAUGCUUUGCCACGAGUGGCCCACGAUCAUCUUAUGAUGGAAAUCCUCAGCUACUGCAAUUAUGGUUGCGAAUAAGAUACCAACUUCAACCUCAUGGUUUUGUCAUAAAACUAAUUUAAAUAUCGGAACUCAAAAAUAAAAUUAACAAAAUGUGAUCUACUAGACAUUACAAUUAAACUCUUCUUAUAUGUAGCGAUGUUGGGGGUGCUACUGGUGGUUCCAUUCGCAUGUAUUUGUGCCCAGAGACCCCUUUUAUCUACACGAUUCCGAGUGAAUAACUUUGGCUGAUAGGAUGAAUUUGCCACAACUUCUUGGUUUCUUUGAUCUGUGGAUAAGCACAAACAGUACAACUUAAAUAGGUUGAUCUGGGGCCACGGAUAAUAAAAAGAAUGGCUAACAAGAGGAUAACAGUUUAACUGUCAUUUCUACAAAUGUAUAAACAUUUUGGUGUUCAUUACAACUAUUCAACUUUGACUUCUCAAAAACACUGUCUUGGGAUCAUUUUUUUCUUAUACAACUUCUCAAGACUGUAGAUGUGCUUCUAUUAAUGCCUGGCUUAUUCAUCACUAACAGAUUCUCAAGGAGCUGGUUAAAACAUCUUUGAGGACGGCACAAGAAAGGCAACAAAAAUCUAUCUCUUUCCCAGCCCUUGGAGCUGGAACACUGAAGCACCCUGUAAAAAUGGUGGCAGCCACAAUGAUUGAAUCUGUUAUUGUCCAUUUCAAGAACUACCCUAACAGUUGUUUGAAAAAUGUUAGGUUUGUACUCUAUCCUAAAGAUUAUGAAACCAUCAAAGAAUUCCAAAAUAAUUUCACAAUGGAAAAGGACAACAUCGAGAAUAUGCAUGGAAAUAAAUCCUCUCUGUUAACUACACUCGGAGCUGAGAAGAAGAUUGGUUCAAGUCCAGUGACAGUGAUACAGAUGGCUGGUAAUGCCAGUGAUGUGGCUCAGGCAAAGGUGAAAUUAGAGAAUUUGCUUGGAAAAACAGGAGAAUCUAACAUACAAUUUGCAACACCAGGUACAAUUGUCAUACAGCCUGUGAUACAAGCAAGUGCAACUGCAAUUCAGCAACCUCCUCAUUCUGGUGGAGCUACCGGUGGAAUGCCCUCCCCAAUCGGUGCAUUCGGGACAAGCCAGGCACCUUUUUCAUCUGGUGGAGCUACCGGUGGAAUGUUCUCCCCAAACGGUGAACACAGCGGAAACCAUGAACCGUCUUCAUUUGGUGGAGCUAUCGGUGGAAUGCCCUCCCCAAUCGGUGCAUUCAGGACAAGCCAGGUACCUUUUUCAUCUGGUGGAGCUACCGGUGGAAUCUUAUCCCCAAACAGUGAACACAGCAGAAACCAUGAACCGUCUUCAUUUGGUGGAGCUAUCGGUGGAAUGCCCUCCCCAAUCGGUGCAUUCAGGACAAGCCAGGCACCUUUUUCAUUUGGUGGAGCUACCAGUGGAAUGCCCUCCCCAAUCGGUGAACACAGCGGAAACUAUGAACCGUCUUCAUUUGGUGGAGCUACCGGUGGAAUGCCCUCCCCAAUCGGUGAACACAGCGGAAACCAUGAACCGUCUUCAUUUGGUGGGGCUCGCGGUGCUACGUCCUCCUCAAGAGGUCAAGGAUUUAUGGGUUAUGAUGAAGAAAUAGCAGAAGAAGUAAAAGCAUUGUCCCUUAAUCCAAAAGAUAAUAGGGUGUUAGAACAUGCUUUGAAACACUCCACUUUAAAUAUUACAUCAAUUUCACAGGUGGUGCCUCUUGACAACAAAGAUCUUGAAAACAAAUUCGAGGACAGACUUGCUUGGAUAUCGCAGCGUCAUGGGAAUCCCGUUAAAUGCAGAAUCUUGUUCCAAGGCAUCAAUGAGAAUGAUAGCAAAAGCGUAGAGAAAAAUGGCUUCAUGAGAGCACGUCCUGGAAUCGACGGGCACCGAUACGGAAGAGGGAUUUAUUUCUACACGGAUGUGCACGCAGCCCUGACGCAUGGUGCUGAUGGCAGUGCGAGGAAGGCUGAGGUUGUAGUGGUGGCAAGAGUGAUGACGGGCAAGCACUGCCUUGGACAGCAAGGCAUGCUUGUUCCACCACCUAUUCAGCAAGCAGAUCCAACACAUUUGCAUGACAGCACUGUCGAUAACCUCAGAAAUCCCCAAGUUUUUGUGGUGUUUAACCCUCACCAGGCAUAUCCCAUGUUUUGUGUCACACUGAAGGAUAACGCUUGAGAGCUUAUUCCAAUAUGCCUGCUUAUUGUCGCUGAACUUUUGCCACAGCAUUAGUUGCGAUUCAUAAUCACUCACAAUACAUAUUUACGUAUAUUGGGUAUUGUCAUCAACGACGCCCAGAUGCAAUCGCAAAGAUAAUAAGCUUCCUAUAGUUUAACAUAUAUAAUCUGUGCACAGAUAAUUUGAUUUAAAAAAAAUACUGUCGCAUCUUGUAAGCAGGUUUUUGUGCAGUUUCAUUGAUAUACCCUGGGAAACUAUUUUCUAAUUCAGUAUAUUGAAGAUCUUAAAUAAUGUGCACGCAUUUACAUACAGUAGAGACAUUAAAUUAACGUGUUUAGACAAGCUGUCGGUAAAAAUGUACAGUAGUUAGGUAACAUUUAAAUUGUACAUUAAUCACACUUAAUUAGUACACGUGUAAAGACGACUUAACACGCUUUCUGGAGAUGGUUUCUUUUAUUGAAGACACGUUCACUUGAACAGGCGGAGACCCCACUGCAACAGCCAUGAGUCUCCCUCGCAUCUCCCUUAUAUACGGUCAGAGGCCACCCCCCAUUCCCAAACCUCGCUGGUUCUAGACACUUGCUCUACCAGCAGACUCUACCGUCCUCUUCCGUCACCAGGCCUCGCUCCUAUUCUCAAUCAUUCACGUAGCCACCAGUCCACUCGUACUGCAAGCCGACUCCCCUGUCAUUAACCUACCGUGGCCACCAGUCCCUUCGUACUGCAAGCUGACUCCCCUGUCAUUACCUCCCGUGGCCACUAGUCCAUUCGCACUGUCGGCUGACUCCCCUGUCAUUACCUCCCGUGGCCACUAGUCCACUAGUCCACUCACACCGUAGGUUGACUCUACUGUCAUGACACAUGUAUUUCCCCCAAUAAAUGUAUGAGAUCAAAGUCCUUUACACGUUUUACCCAGUUCGACAUACGUGCACACGUGCAAGUCACACGAACAAAUCACAGGUUUAUUACCUAAAGGAUUACUUUCAAGGAACACUAAAUGUUCUCACCCAGAAUGCUAUCUAUGUGAGUUAAACCAGGGCCUAUGUGAUGGUUUAGUAAUUUUAGCUUUUUUCUGGAUGCCAUAAAUUCCGAAUAUAGUUUCGAUUAUAAAGCUUUCGUGACUGCAAGGAUUCAUCUUCUUGGUUCUUUCGGUAAAGUCACGUAGAAGGGGAAUAAAAUAAUAAAAUAAGACAAUAAAAUUCUCACGACGUUUCGGCCACAACACA